AUGCAGAUUUCAGGGCGUACGUUACGACAUUCACGUACAACGACGCCACGACGACAGUGUAACCGUCGCUAUAUGUGCGAUGUUCUGCUUUACUGGGUCCAAUCAAUCGCAACAGGUCAAAAGCAUAGAUGAUGCCGCUUGUUGCUGCAACAAUUUGUAAUGCAUCUCUUGAGCCCCUGGCCAUGGCUGUAUCCGGAGCAGCCGGGUACGGCAGUCACCGUUCUAGUUACACCCGCAUUUUGCGUUGGUGGCUCAUCCCUCGGCCAGACCACGAGGUACCAACGUGUGGGGCGGUAUUGGUAAGCCGCGACGAGUGGUGGCUCGGUAAGAAAUCCGUUCUCCUUAGUCGUUUAUAUAAAUACAUAACGAUCAGCAAGCUCGUACCAAGUCACGUUGAAUGUGUCGUGUCCGAGCCACAAACAGUUCCCUUUCCUAUCCUUUCUGCUGACAAUGUUUCCACCGCGCUGUACGCCCCGUCAUCAUCAAAUUGCACAUCUUGCUCCCUCCAAUCAGCCACCCCUCGACCCAACCAUGGGAUGGAAUUCCCUUUCGUACACCCUCCAGUAUUCCCUAUUACGGGCUGCUCGUCGUUUUGUGAUAGUGUGAGAGAGCUACUAGACACAUUGCUCGGCCAGUCCCGACCACACAGCCGGAUGCUCUCUGAAUCAGUCCAAUAUGCUACGCCGCACAGUGCAGAUGGGAAGACACGGAAACGGUCCGUGAUAGUGAAGUACAUUUAGUGCAUUUCUCACUAGUGGAAAACUACACCAAGUGACGUGAAAAUUCUCUUUUCAAAUAAUAAAAAAGAGAAGAAAAAAAAACAUUCAUCAAUUGAUCGUGUUCUUAACAUUUAAAAAAAAGUGUGUGAGUGUCGUACGGUGCAGUAAAAGUUGAUUCUCAUUGAUCACACCAUGAUCACCUACGAUCGCUACGUAAAAGUUCCUUCUCCAGUGUUGUGUCAUUGGUACACAUAUUAAUAAACUGUAUUAUCCAGCAAGCUUGUUAAUUAUUAGCAAACAUUUAAAGCAUGACGAAAAAAACCUCAUCCAUUGGCCAUUUUUCGGCCAGUACAUCUGGUACGGUGGGGGGAGGUACGGGUGGUAUGAGCAACUUUGGUACCGGAACAGGUGGAACCGAUGGUUCCGAAAAGCAGCAACUAUCGUCUUCCGGUUCAUCCCACCAGCAACAGCAGAGUCAACACCAUGAUGGUGGUAAAAGCUCUGCCCAAGAACAACAGCGUCAUCAUUCGUCGCAACACGCUCAUCAACAUCACCAUCAUCAGCAUCAUUUGCAGCAAGGGUCGGGCGGUAAAAUGCGUGACAAACACACCGUACACUGGUUCCGCAAGGGAUUGCGCUUGCACGAUAAUCCGGCCCUGCGCGAAGGACUUCGUGGGGCGAAAACGUUUCGUUGCGUUUUCAUCAUCGAUCCCUGGUUCGCCGGUAGCUCAAAUGUGGGCAUAAAUAAAUGGAGAUUUCUACUCCAAUGUUUGGACGAUCUGGAUCGCAACUUGCGCAAGUUGAAUUCGCGCCUCUUCGUAAUACGUGGUCAACCUGCGGACGCAUUGCCAAAGCUGUUCAAAGAAUGGGGAACCACCUGCCUGACGUUUGAAGAGGAUCCGGAACCAUUUGGGCGCGUCCGGGACCACAACAUUUCGGAGAUGUGUAAGGAGCUUGGAAUCGAGGUCAUCUCAGCCGCAUCUCACACGUUGUACAAUUUGGAAAGAAUCAUUGAAAAAAAUGGAGGCCGGGCACCGCUAACGUACCACCAGUUUCAAGCCAUUAUCGCCUCAAUGGAUGCACCACCGCAACCGGAAUCAUCCAUCACGCUUGAUGUGAUUGGGAAGUCUAGCACGCCACAGUAUGACGAUCACGACGACAAGUACGGUGUGCCGACACUGGAGGAACUUGGCUUCGAGACGGAAGCCCUUCGGCCACCGAUUUGGAUUGGCGGCGAAACGGAAGCACUUGCCCGUCUCGAGCGGCAUCUCGAACGGAAAGCGUGGGUCGCUUCGUUCGGCCGGCCCAAAAUGACACCCCAGUCGUUGCUCGCUAGUCAAACGGGUCUUUCACCCUACCUGCGGUUCGGGUGUCUUAGCACGCGGCUCUUCUACUAUCAGCUGACCGAUCUGUACAAAAAGAUCAAGAAAGCGUGCCCGCCACUGUCCCUCCACGGGCAGCUACUGUGGCGUGAGUUUUUCUACUGUGCCGCUACUAAAAAUCCCACGUUCGAUAAGAUGGCCGGUAACCCAAUCUGCGUGCAGAUCCCGUGGGAUCGUAACGCGGAAGCACUUGCCAAGUGGGCAAGCGGCCAGACCGGUUUUCCGUGGAUCGAUGCGAUCAUGACGCAGUUGCGGGAAGAAGGUUGGAUUCACCAUCUCGCACGUCAUGCCGUGGCAUGCUUUCUAACACGUGGUGAUCUGUGGAUAUCCUGGGAGGAGGGCAUGAAGGUAUUCGAGGAACUGCUGCUAGAUGCAGAUUGGUCGGUCAAUGCCGGCAUGUGGAUGUGGUUGUCGUGUUCGUCGUUUUUCCAACAAUUCUUUCACUGCUACUGUCCGGUGAAGUUUGGCCGUAAGGCUGACCCGAACGGUGACUACAUACGACGGUAUCUGCCGGUAUUGAAAAACUUCCCGACCCGCUUCAUCCACGAACCUUGGAAUGCGUCCGAGAGUGUGCAGCGUGCGGCCAAGUGUCUCAUCGGCAAGGAUUAUCCAUUGCCGAUGGUGAACCAUGCGAUCGCGUCCCGCGCCAACAUGGAGCGCAUCAAGCAGGUGUAUCAACAUCUGGCCAAAUAUCGCACACCGGGCGGCGGUUGUUACGAGGCGGACUGUAACGAAAAGGGCGGUUCGGCGAUUGCGGGCGUCAUGACGGCAGCAAAGGUGCAGCACAUGAACACGAGCAGCAUGAACGACAGUCCCAGUCCCACGACGAUACUGACGAGUGUGAACAGCUCGGGAAACUACAUGUGCCGUAGCAAUCCAUCCGCACAAAGCGAUCCCAAUGGGAAGAUAAUUACGUACCAUCAGCUGCUCAGUGGUCCGGACACACGAUCAGCUCACGGCGGCAAUGGAAGUGGCGAUCGAGCUAAUGUCGGUGCUGCCGAAACUACCAAGCAUGGAGAUAGUAGACCUACCGGUAAUAAUCAUAUAAUGGUGGGAAAAGAAUCUGUUCCGCAGCAACCGCAAACCCAGCAUCAGUUGCAGCACCCAGCACAGAGCCUGGAUCAGCAAUCGCAGGAAAAUAGCAACAGUGUGGCAAACAGUGAGCAACGGUUCGGUUCGAUGGCGGUGGCUGACUAUGCUGCGAUCAAACCGGACAGCCUCAGUACGCUUAUACGGGCCGGCAAUCUGAGCACGGUCGGUACGCGCUUCUCCAACCUGCAGGAUCAGCUUAGCAACAGCCUGAUGUCGCUCGAGUGUGACGUGAUGGCGAACAAGCUGAAGCCUAACAAUUACGAGUACGAGCGUAGCCAGAAUAUUUACAACAGCCAGUUUAAGGUGGAAUAUAGUGACAACUUUAACUCGGGCUAUGGUUUGCGGAAUGCCGUAUUUUACGGUGGCAAGCGGGAGGACGAAAACGAAGACACCAAAGCGGAUAACAUCAACAACAACAUUCAUCACGGCGAUCAGCUCGCGAGCAACAAUCGCGGAGAAGGGCAAACGAUGCGUAACGCUAUCGACGAUGACGAUGAAUCUGCGAUGACCACGCUAGAGGACACCGGUACACAUCCGGCACCGCAUGCACUGCUCUUCGGUACGAACAAAGCGAAAAUCAAACAGGAAUCGCUGGUGCAAACCACCCGCAUGUUUCUCGAACCACCGAAACAUCAUCCCAGUCGGGGAACGAAGGUCCACCAGCAGCGGACAAGGUGCGAAUCAACCGAUCAGCAAUCCCCUACACUUCACACGCAGCUAGAUGCGCAGAUUAAAAAAGAGCAACAGAUCACCUCGCAACCGUUGCCACCACAGUCCAUGCACACCGAUUGUGAUUAUGAACCGGAAAGCCAUAAGCAACUCUUGACAGACAUCCACCGUCAGCAGCAGCAGCAACAACAACAGCAGCAGCAACAACAGCAGCAGGCUUCUAUUUUAGCAGCUCAACGGCUGGAAGCGUCACAAAUGGAUCAAGGCACCGAUCAACCAAUGCAAGAAUCACCGUGCAGCGAAGAAAAAAUCGGUGCAACGGAUUAGCUAAAAAUAUAAAUUGUCUUGUCUUGGACAAAAUGUGUGUGUGUGUUUUUUUUUCAAAGCAUCAAAGAAGAAUCGAUUCUUUAGAAGAAAAAGAAAAUUUUAUUCUCGUUUCGAGAUACCAUUUUAAUAAAAUGAAACAGCAUUCAAUAGAACAGAAACAUUCGGAUGUUUUUUUGUUUGAUGUGCGAUACACCGUCGAUCUUUGUAUGCAAGAGGAUAUGGAAAAAUGGGAUUGAACGAAACAUGUUAUAACAUACAGAAGGAAUUGUUUUUUUUUUAAACACUAUCAGCAAAAAUACAGCAAACGACUUGUGCAAAAAAACCAUUAAUAAAUCGAUCAUAAAGCUGUCAAAUAUUAAAACACAAUCCUUUUAAUUAUUUGCUCAAAUGCAUUCCAACCAAGCGAUGGAGCAUGGUGAGUUGUUCCGAUAAAGUGUAAAUAAAGACUGCAAUGAGAGCUUUUUGAUCUUUCAGCAAGGAAUUGUGUUUUGUUAUUCGAGACAAACGAGAGAUCCAUAUAUGGCAUGAAAAUUAAAAAUCUUUGAACCACAUUUAGCCUGUAGAAGAGCGUCUGGAAUUGCAAUAAAUUGCUUAAAUAAAGAUCAUAUAGAUGGUGCUAUAUUCCAUUAAUCAUUCAUCGUAAAGGAAUUGUACAGUACAAUAAGCUCUAAUUCUGUUGUAUCAAAAAGAUUCCACCCAUAAGUCCGUAUUUCUUUUCCAGUUUUAACUAAUUAAAAUCAUCUCGUUUUAUGUGCUGAGACUUAGCUUUAUGGUAUAAAGAUAUUCAAUAAUAAAUUUUAAUAAAAGUAUUGAAAAUAAUGAAUAA